CCAGCUGCUCCAUGUGAAGCAUCAGCAGAGACUCUGAGCUGCACAGGACGACAAUCAUGAAGAGGAACAAGCAGAUUGACGUCAGACGCGCCCUCGCUCUCGCCAGCAUCUUCAACUUCCUGUGCUCCUGCUCCAAAGGCUGCCUGCUCCCCUUCCUCACCCUGUACCUCAGGCAGCUGGGCCUCACCCCCGUGAUGACGGGCGUCGUCAUGGGCGCCAAACACCUGAUAUCGCUGGUGUGGAGCCCCGUGGCGAGCCUCCUCUCCAAACACUACAACAAGAGGCGAGUGGUGAUAAAUGGCUCGCUCGUGUGUUCGGCAGCGGUCGCUCUGGUUCUGCUGCUUGUCCCGCUCGCAGAAGUGCACACGCAGAGCAGCACCUGUAACGCCACGAAUCUGAGCAGCGGUUCAGCUCAAGGUCUCGGAGUUAACCCGCCCACCAGCAGCGUCCUACCUGAAACGUCCGAGACCAGGCCUCACCCAAAACAUCCUGUUUCCCAUCCUGGUGUCACGUUUCCUGCAAAGACGAUCGCUGGUGGUAAAUCUGCUUCUGUAAUGACGAGCACAACUUCACAUCAUCGACAACAGAGUGUUUCUGUCGGGGUCGACCACAGCCUCCGAGGAUCAGGGGUCGGCAGCUCUGUUGUGCCUCAUGUCUCCAGCUCCUCUGCUGCUGCUGUGAGGAGUAAGAGGUCAGACUUCAAAUCAGGCUCUGAGGAGCCGCAGAGAGAAAAGACGCCAGACGAGAGGAGCCGGUUCGACUUUUUAGGAAGCCUGAAGGUCAUGGACCCUCAACACCAGCUCUUCUUCUUGAUACUCAUCAUCGUCUCGGUGUGGGAGUCUGUGUCGGCCCCUCUGGAGUGGACGGCAGAUGACGGAUUGUAUGAAUAUCUGGAUUUUGCGGACGCCUCCGACCGUUACAGCAGCACCGGGCCGUGGGGUUUACUGGGAGCAGCGUGCGGGGCUGGAGGAGCGGGGCUGCUGGUCAGCCAGUUGAGUUGUCUCAUAGCCAGUCGGACCCCCAGGAGCACGGCACAUUUCUACUGCUACGCUGGUUUGGCCGCUCUGGCCCUGCCCGUGGCUUGUUACCUCCCUCUCUACCUGAACAAAAAGCGAGACAGGGCCAACGGGCUCCUGAAAGCGCUGCAGCUGGUGCGUGGUUCCCCUCGCGCUCUGCUCUGUGCCAUCACCACCCUGCUGGCCGGGGCAGCGUGCUCAGCCGUGGACAACUUCCUCCUGUGGCAGAUGCAGGAUCACGGGAGCAACGAGCUGCACAUGGGAUCGUCUCUCGCCCUCGCUCUGCUCUCACAGGCCGCCUUCCCUCUCCUGGCCGGCCGGGUGUCCAAGCUCCUCAGCCCGGGAAGGGUGCUGGCAGUCGGGGCUGCAAGUCUGAGCCUGCAGUGCCUCUACUACUCCUUCCUCUGGGGACCCUGGGCCGUGCUGCCUGCCCAGAUGUUGAGUUGCCUCAGCGGCGGAGCCCUCUGGUGGGCUGUGAACGUCCAGUGCGAGGACGUUGCCACGCCGGAGGCCGAGCGGAGCGUGAGGAGGGUCUACAGCGCUCUGUCUCUCCACCUGGGAAGCAGCCUCGGGAGCUUCGGCGGGGGCUUUGUGGUGCAGAGGUUCGGGCUGACGUGGCUGUUCAGAGCAGUGGCGGUGGGUCUGAUGGUGUGGUGUGUGUGUCUGAUGCUGCUCCAGUGGAAGGCCCCUCACCAGCGCAGGAUCAACUACUCUCGCCUUCUGGCCGCUAACGCCAGUGAAGCCAGCGACUCUGAGUCGGAGCAGGAGAGGGACUGGCUCGACAAAGCGAUGGAAUACGAUAGAAGCAAUAAUAAUUAUGGAAGGAGGAUAAACCAGUGAAAAACUCUACAGAGUGAGCUGCACAAAAGAGAUCAGUGGGUAAAGUGCAGAAUAUUUAGAAUAACUUAUCAGAUUAACACUGUCCUGUACAGACACGUCGAUCUUCAUCAAGUAGCAUAACCACAAUAAUUGAUUUCCUCCCCUGACGGGUUUCAUUUCAAUCUAAGCGGUGACGUUUAACUUUCCUCUGACUUUUAUUUGCACACACUCAUAAAUAUCUGUCGCCUAAACACGCUUGAUUUAUUUUCAUCCACAAUGUGUUGAAAUAUUUCCUGUCCACCUCCUCCUUCCUUCCGUCCAAGUUUCACAAUGACAGGUUCUGUAGUUUUUGCGUAAUCCAUUUUACAAACAGAGAAAGAGACGAAGACAUAAAAACAACAGGGUUACUUGUGGCCAGAAGGUCUCAGCGCCACCGGCCAGGUUUAACACUGAAGCCUCUGACAAGCAGUGCAAACACAAGACGUGUGCCCAAGGUGAGGCUGAACCUCCUGUUUCACCACUCCCGACAAACUGCUCAUCUGCUGGAUCAUCGGAUUUGAAUGGAAGCUGCGAUGAUGGUGAUUGUAAAUUUGUAUUUAACUGCCGUGAGUUGAGCAGAUUAAAACGAGCUGCAGCUACAGAACAUUUAAAGGUCGACUGUGUUUCAGAGGCUCAGUGUCUCACGUCAAAUGUUCCCCUCAGACCUGGUGGGAAACAUGUUGUCAUCACACUUUAACACGUCUGGAUUUGUAUGAAACUGCAAAUGUUGAAUUCAGAUUCACUCAUUCAUGUUAAUAUUAAUAUUAAACACUCCCUCGUCCCUGA